GGUUAUGCACUGUUAAACUAUCCAGAUAUCCCAAAAAUGACCCUAUAGCGUAGAUAUAAUUAUGCAACCGUAGGUUUUAGAUGUUAUUCUUUAUUUUGUUAAUUAAAUCUUCAAAUUUCAUUUUUAAUCUCUCUUAGCCUCUCCUUCGUACGUCUUCUCUUUCUUGCUGUGGGUUCUGGAUUUUCGCCAUGGUGGAUCUAAAUCGGAACUUCAUGUGUAUGAGGUUCCCUUGGAGUACCCGACGAGGAGUGGUUUCGUCAGAAAGUCUAAGGAGCCUUUGAUUCGACUCUAGCUACUCAAACGGAUCAGAUCUGAUUCUUGCUUUUGCCGGUAAGGAUGGUUGAUCGUCACUGCCUCCUCCUCCUCUCGUCAGUCAUGCUUGUACCCAUGCGACUCGGUUGUGCUCGUCUCAAUGUCCCUUUGAGCUUCUCUUCUCUGAUUAGAAUAAAGGCGGUGUUAAGGCUCACCGCUCGGAGAACCUCAGCCUAGUUCAAUCGACGACAUCCCAAGGUGUAUCGUGGACGUCUGCUUGAGGUUCCUCUUCUCGUGAGCAGCUCCGCUCUCUCUUCAUCUUCGCCGACCUAUCAUCUAUCACCCUCCCCCGAGGUUGUGGCGGUGAUGGGAGAAAAGCAGAGGAAGAAGCUGCUCCUGUUGUAUGCUUCUCAGACGGGAAACGCUCUUGAUGCGGCUGAGCAUAUUGGCCGCGAAGCUGAACACCGUGGUUGUCCUGCCUCUAUCGUCUCCAUCGAUGAAUUCGACCCAAGUUGCUUACCUCAUGAGGAGGCUGUUGUUUUUGUUGUAUCCACCCACUACAGGGCAAAGAGACUCUCUUGAUUAUUUUAAGAGCUUUGGAGUUUUCUUCUUCAAAGAAAACUUGGGAAACUCUUGGUUGCAACGACUUCGCUUUGCAGUGUUUGGGCUAGGUGAUUCUGGUUACCAGAAGUACAAUGUAAGUUCAUCUGCCUCUUCAUGCUUUGUUGUUUUUCACAAAACUGGAGAAGAUGACCAUGAAUGGAAGAGGCUCAACAGAAGCUCACCAGCAGUACAGUCUGAUUCAAGACUCUUAUUUGACAGUGGUGCUGGUUAUUAUACGCACGAACAGCUGAUACAACGUUUCCAUUAUUCUAAAGGUGAUUGUGGAGGGUUGAUGAAAGAAGGGAGAUAGUGCUGUCUACUAAAAGACAGAGGGAUAUCGAGAAACUCAACACCAAACAUCAUAGUUUACAACAAAGACUGUUCCAGACUUUACAUGUUUGUGUUAUCUUAUAAUUAUUUUCUUUCGAUGUUCUUUAUAAUUGUCUUAACUCAUUGUGCUAAAGAAGGUGCAAUAUGUAAUGUUGUCUCUUGAACUUUUGUAAUAUGCUCACUGUUUCUAUAAAAUUCGCCACCUUUUUAAGAUGAUAAAA